AAAGCCGCGUGACGUCGCUUUUAUUUUGAAAGUGAAAUCAGGAAGUCCGCGUUUCAUUGUUCGGGUCCGGGUCCGUUGACGGUGGUCCUGGUGCCGCUCAGCCUCCUCCACCCGUCGCCAUGGUGCAGAUGAUGGAGUCUCAGUGCGAGUAUUUCAUGUACUUCCCGGCGGUGCCCAUCACGGACCUGUCGGACCCGGCCCGGUACCGCUCGCUGCCGCGCCGCAGCCACCUCUACCUGGGGGAGACCGUCCGCUUCCUGCUGGUACUGCGCUGCAGGGACGCUGGGGGGACACCGACCGAGCAGGGCCCCGCAGGGGGCAGUGUUGGCCUCACAGAAGGGUUUGGGACAGAAUCGGCCAGCAGCCGUGCGUGGCGGGAGCUGGCUGGCUCUUUGUGUGCCGUGGCCAGCGUGAGUCCAGGAGAGAGCAGCCGGCAUCGAGGCAACCACCAUCAGCACCAUGACUACGGCGACGAAGGCAACGAGGAUGGCGAGGACGACUAUAUUGCGGCGGCGGAAGCAGCCAUCGCGGCUCUCGGCAGCAGGGUGGACUCCCGCUGCUGCAGCUUCAGGGACUGCAAGCCGCUGCUCAUCCACAACUCCUCUGGGACGGCACUGAGGGAGUUCCGCAGGGCGCCUGUUCAGUCUCCUCUGGACGAGCCGGUGGUUCUGACGGAUGAAGUGAUCUUCCCGCUCACCGUGUCUCUGGACAAACUCCCCGUCAGCACGCUGAAAGUCAAGGUGAUGGUCACCGUGUGGAAGAAGGAGGCAGAGAAGGCGGAGGUGCAGGAGCUGGGAUACCUGAGCGUCCUGCAGCAGCGAGAGCCCACACACACCUUCAGACAUGACCUGAACACCUUUAAAGCUCAGGUGAGCACCACGCUGACUGUGCUGCCGCCUCCCACUGUCCGCUGCAAGCAGAUGACAGUUUCAGGGAAACACCUCCUCGUCCUCAAAGUACUGAAUGAGUCGUCUCAGGAGGAGGUAAACAUCCGAGAUGCUCGCAUUUUACCCAACCUCAACGCCUCCUAUCUUCCCAUGAUGCCUGACGGCUCCGUGCUUCUGGUGGACAACGUGUGCCACCAAUCAGGUGAGGUUGGCAUGGCGUCUUUCUGCCACAUGGACAGCCGGGCCUGCCGUCUUCCCAGCAUGCUCAGUGCUUUGGAAGAGCAUGACUUCCUGUUCCAGCUCCAUCUGAAUGAUACACUUCAAGAGGAGUCGAACGAGGGGCUGGAGGUUCCUCUGGUGGCUGUGCUGCAGUGGUCCACUCCCAAGAUGCCUUUCACUAACUGCAUCUACACGCACUACAGGCUGCCCAGCAUCCGUUUGGACCAGCCGCGCUUCGUCAUGACCGCCAGCUGUCCGAGCAUGGUCAGAGUGAAGGAGCACUUCCGGGUCCGAUAUGUUCUCCUGAACAACCUGCAGGACUUCCUGGCCGUGCGGCUCGUCUGGACUCCGGAGGGGCGGGGUCAGGGGGAGGACACGGCGCUGGCGGCAGUGGUGUGCCACUCGCCGCUCAGUAACUUGGGUCACUGCCGUAAAGGAAGCACUCUGUCCUUCAGCGUGGCCUUCCAGAUCCUCCGGCCCGGACUCUACGAGCUGAGUCAGCACAUGAAGUUGAAGCUGCAGUUCACCGCUUCCGUGUCUAACCCGCCACCCGAUGCUCGGCCCCUGUCACGUAAAAACAGUCCGUCCAGCCCGGCGGUUCGAGACCUUUUGGACCGACACCAGGCCAGCUUGGGUCGAUCUCAGUCCUUCUCCCACCAGCAGCCGUCCCGUUCGCACAUCAUGAGGACGGGCAGUGCCAUGGAGCGGCGGGCCAUAACCCCUCCCGUCGGGUCUCCGGUGGGCCGGCCGCUGUACCUCCCGCCGCAGGACAAAAGCCUUCUGUCGUUGGACAAGAUCGCCAAGAGGGAAUGUAAAGUUCUAGUGGUCGACCCGGUCAGCUAGAAGAUGAGGGAAGAGUUCAGACGGAGGAGCUGCAAGAUUCAGCAAACGGAGCAGGAAAACUGCUGCUGCACACCAGGAGUGGGACAUUUACAGGGUUAUCUUGUUUAGAAAGUACUUGACGCGCCGUAUUUUAGCUGUGAAUUCCAGUAUUUUCCCAACAGUUUGCUGCUGAUUCUGAUGGGAAUUCUGUUUUUAUUUGGAAUGCUGAGCUUCAUUCACAGAAUUUGUUUCCAAGCCUUAAAACAGCAAAGAACAAUGUUCAUAGGAUGAACUCAGGCCGGGCAGAACGUUCCCUCCUGAUCAGCAGGAAGUAGUUCUUUAUUUAUUCUGAAGUGUUACCUUGUUUGUGUUAUUUAAAGGAGAGCUGUUACACUGCAUCUGUGUGACUUCAGUGUUUUUGUUUACACUCAGUAUGUCAUCGUUUUUACAUUUCAGCGGAGGACUCCGAAAAGAUGACCAGCCGGAAAUAAAAGAAACAAUCCCCGCUCA